AUAAUAUUUUGCUGGCACUCUCCUUUUACGCACGGCCGCGGAGUGACUCAACUGUUUGCCCUCUCCGUCUGAACCAGAGCAUUUUACGCACAGGUCCUGCAGUGAACUCGUCUGCUCCCUCCUUACCCGCGCUCAUAGCUCAUAGCUGACUUCUCUUUAGAAAUAAGGCUAAGGAGGACAGGACAUGUUUUGGACGUGGAGGGGACUCGCCGAACUGUCCGCAUGUUGGUGGCUUCUGAUGCUGAUUCAUUUCUCGCCUCAAGCAGAUGCAGCCUUCAAAUGCACCUCCACCCAGUUUGAGUGUGGAAAUGGAAGAUGCAUCACCAGCAAAUGGAUUUGCGAUGAGACUGAUGAUUGUGGUGAUGGCACUGAUGAGCUGCCUGCCAGCUGCGCAAACAAAACCUGUCUGCCGUCACAGUACAACUGCGGCCUUCCCUUGAACCAGUGUAUACCAGGAGGCUGGCACUGUGAUGGCAAAGCUGACUGUAAAAACGGGGCUGACGAGAAAAACUGCACGGCCAAACAAUGCAACGCUGACGAGUUUCAAUGUGCCAAUGGCCAGUGUAUAUCCAACUCCUUUGUUUGCGACAACGACAACGACUGUUCAGACGGCUCAGAUGAGGCUUCGUGCCCCAAACCCACCUGCAGCCCUCUUUCCUUCCAGUGCAACAACUCAGUGUGUGUGCCAGCCCUGUGGCGCUGUGAUGGAGACAAGGACUGUGCUGACGGGUCUGACGAGUGGCCGGAGCACUGUGCGGGACGACAGUUGAACAAGACAGCGGUGAGCUGCAGCGUGCACGAGUUCCAGUGUGCAAACGGGGAGUGCAUCCACAGCAACUGGAGGUGUGACAGAGACUUUGACUGCAGCGAUAAAUCGGACGAGGUCAACUGCAGUCGUCCGUCUUGUCGUCCAGAUGAGUUCCAGUGUAAUGACGGCACCUGUAUCCAUGGCAGCCUCCAGUGUAACAAAAAGAACGACUGCAGGGACCUCAGUGAUGAGAUUGGCUGCCACAUAGAAAAUGUAUGUGAAGGCCCUACCAAGUUCAAGUGUCGCAGUGGGGAGUGUAUCAGCAUGGAGAAAGUGUGCAACAAACUGAGAGACUGCAUGGACCUGUCCGAUGAGCCUGUCACAGAGUGUGACAAAAAUGAGUGUUUGACCAGAAAUGGCGGCUGCUCCCAUUACUGCAACGAUCUGAAGCUUGGCUACAACUGCUCCUGCCCUCCUGGAUACAGCCUGAAGAUGGACAAGAAAACCUGUGAAGACAUCAAUGAAUGUGCUGAUCCGGACAUUUGCAGUCAGAUCUGCAUCAACCUGCCCGGCAGCUACAAGUGUGAUUGUGAGAAGGGCUACAUGAUCGACCCUGUGAGCAAGACAUGCAAGGCUGAGUCAGGCACUGUGCCCACUCUCUACUUCACCAAUAGACACGAGGUGAGGAAGAUGACAGUGGACCGCAGGGAGUACGUCAGUCUGAUCCCCCAGCUGAAGAACGCGGUGGCUCUGGACAUAGACAUGCCUAACCAGAUGAUCUUCUGGUCUGACCUGUUUCAAAAGAAGAUCUACAGCUCAAAGAUAGAUGUGGCCGGUAACGCUUCUCACCACACUGUGGUGAUCGGCAGUGAGAUUGGUGCCCCAGAGGGCAUCGCGGUGGAUUGGAUCCAUGGCAACAUCUACUGGACUGACAGCAUGUUAAAGACUAUCUCUGUGGCAACGACAGACGGCGGCAAGAGGAAGACCCUGAUCUCAGAAAACCUGGACAAGCCGAGAGCCAUCGUGGUCGACGCCGUAAAUAACUUUAUGUACUGGACAGACUGGGGUGAGGAGGCCAAGAUAGAGAAGAGUGGUUUGAAUGGAGCAGGUCGUGUUGCAUUGGUGACAGAUAACAUCAUGUGGCCCAAUGGCAUCACCCUUGACAUGGUUAACCAGCGUCUGUACUGGGUGGACUCCAAGCUGCACACUCUGUCCAGCAUUGAUGUGAACGGAGGGACAAGACACAUUCUCAUUUUCAGUGAGGAAAAGCUCACCCACCCCCUCUCUCUGACUGUGUUUGAGGAGAAAGUGUUUUGGACAGACACGGCCAACAAUGCUGUUUUUAGUGCCAGCCGCCUAACAGGAGAAAAUAUCACCAAGCUGGCGAUGGACCUGGACCAGCCAGACGACAUCGUACUGUACCACAACCUCAAGCAGCCAAUCGGUACGAACUGGUGCAGAGAGAAUAACAGUAUGAAUGGAGGUUGUGAGUUUCUGUGCCUCCCUGCCCCUUGGAUCAACCAACGCUCUCCUAAAUUCACCUGCGCCUGUCCUGACAACAUGACCAUGGGAUCUGACAUGAGGAAAUGUGUGGCAGCCUCAGUUGCCCCUCCUGCCGAAAACAAAACUGGUGCACCGAUCCCGUCCAAAGCUUCCACCAAACCUACUACGUCCAGCAAGUCUGUCCCUACUACUACAACAACUGCUCCUACAGCUCCAACUACCACCAGAGCUAAAAAUGGAGCCAAAAGACCCACAACCAUCUCAUCCAGCCAGCCCACUCAGAGCACCCAGCGGCCUGCCGCCACUGCUCAAGGUAACAGAUUGGCAGCCAUGCCAAAAGAAGCCCCUUCAACCCACCCUAUGGCUCUCUACAUCGUUUUGCCAAUAAUGCUCUUGGCCCUGCUGGUCUUUGGAGCAGCGUUGCUAUGGAGACACUGGCGUCUGAAGAACACCAACACCAUCCACUUUGACAAUCCCGUGUACCAGAAAACCACAGAGGAUGAGCUCCACAUCUUCAGAAACAGCUCUGAUGGCUACGUUUAUCCUCAGAGGCAAAUGCUGAGCAUGGACGACGUGGAUGUUGCAUGACCCAAAGAUGAAGACACUAGCUUUAUUUGAAGUGUUUUUUUUUCUGUUUUUGGAUGCAAAUAUUAAGUAAGAAAGGCCAUUUAUUUCUACUGAUGCUGCUUCAGCCCCUUCCCUUCUCCCGGUGAUCUUAUUUUGUGGCUUAAGUUUCUGACCUCAGCACUGUGCCGUCCAAAACUGAAGAAAGAACUAAAAGAAAAAAGAAAAAAAAAAGAUCUUUAAAAGUCUAGUACGACAAAAUAGAGCAUAACUGCAAGAAGCCAUUUAGUUAGACCACAAAAUAGUUUCAAAAUGAAGGACUAAUACACAGUUUCAUUAGAUGAUGUUCUUAAUCCCAGAGCCUUGACUCUUUUGAAGCUAUCUGGAAAUUAUCUUUCUAAGCAUUCUGUUGUUUAACAUGAUUCAGAUUGCGUGCUUACUUUGCCACCAACACAUCGACCCAGUGUGAUAUAGAAUAACACAAGUCCUGCAAGUUUUACUUGAAAAACCUGAUCUAUACUGUCUUAAGACUUGUGUGUGCCUUCUAUCCACACUCUAGUAAAAUGUUUUGGAUGUAUAUAAACGCCUUACUGACUACACCCCCUCCAAAGCAGUUCCUGUGGUAGUUAAUGCCACAGACCUUUAGCCCCAGGCAGCGAUGACCUUUGUGAUUAUACUGUGGCCUUCUCUUCUCCUGGGCACAGGAGUUUCACAUUGUGUUGGCUUCCAUAUCAGAGCCAUUUUCCUUUACCGUCAUCUAUAAUAGUCUGUCACAUUUAAAUCUGUACUUUUAUGUUAUAUAUUUUCCACUUUGUGGAGGUUAUCUGAGUGUGAGCAGUCACAGAUGGUUUACAUUGUAAAUGGAAAAGCUGCUGAGUUUUCUGAAGUCAACCAAAAUGAAGAAACAUUUAAAUGAAGAUUGUUAAGGAAAAAGUGAUUGUGGUUAUAAUUUAUAACAAUGUAAAUAGUUUGUGUAAAUAUUUUGUAAAACACUCUUUAAGUUGACUCUGGUGUUGCCUUUUUACUUUUGUAAAUUUUAAUCAAGAAAUAUUGUAAAUAUAUAAGAGAUUCUUUUAUUUAUUUAUGGAAGUAUAUAAGUGAAGGUUUUUGAUUGUCAUCUGGCUGUAAUACUGUAAGCAAAGCCAGUCUAACCUUUACAUUGCACAGCUGUUGUUUAAUUUAUAUUCCAUCAAACCUUUGGACACCUGUUCAGUUUUGUGUGUGCGACUUCCUGUAUGAGACACUGCUGCAGGGUAGUGCUUGACAUGUAAAACAGUGUGCUACAUGUUACAGAGAAAUAAUGAAGAUGCUUUCUGUUCCUUCCACCAUUGUUUGUGUCUUUUUCAGUGAUGAAUCACAUAAUUUAUUUUGCCUCUGCCUUUCUGUUAUUGUGACAUUUUGUUUUCUCUGUGAGAUUACGGCACAUACUAUAGUGUGCAAAGCAAGAUGUACUCCGUCACAGCAACAUGUAUGUAUGGUCAAGGAUUGAUUGCACGGCAGCCUGCUUGUUAAUGCAAAUUUCUUUGUUCAUUUUUGGUUGUGUUGGUCUUUUAUAAAUAAAAGAAAAUUUCUUAA